ACUAAUUUUCAACCAGUAAAAAUAAAUCAAAAAAAGGAAUCAGAUCACGUGUAAUCAUAUCCAUGUUGUCACAUGAGGAAAAACUUUAUUUGUUUAUUUAUUUUUUUUAUUUUUAGAAAGUCAGAAGGACUCACCGCCUCCCCUCCUGACAGCCAACUGUACCAACAGCUGAUGUAACUUAUUGACACACGAUAAGCCCCGCCCACUGGGAGGAGCUGGAAGCGUCAGCAGCUUUAAAAAGCCUCCGCUUUCUAAGUUUAACUCCAACAGACAAACAGAGACAGAGAGCUGAAAUCCGAGAGGAGACGAACACUGGCGAACUCCGCCGAACAACCAACACUCGGCUCUGGUAUUUGGCCAGUGAAGAGACUCCUUUGCUGUGAAGAACACUGAUCUUCUGAUUCUGCAUCACAAUGGUGCAGCUGCAAUAAUGGGCUAAAACUAAACAUGUUAAAAAUCCAUUUUUAUUUAUUUUUAUAUAAAAAUAACAACAUACCAAUCUAUGUAGUUGCAUUUUGUUAACAUCUUUCUUUCACACUGAACCAUCAUUGACCCCGCUGCCCAGCGGACCUUCUGAGGACUUGACGUCUCACAUCAGGACAGGAAACACCAGAGUGGGUGGAGAGUGUUCUAUCAGAACCCUCUGCGUUCUGAAACACCAAAGACCACCAUGCUGUACAUGAAGAAGUAYUUCACAGAAGGUCUUAUUCAGGUGGCCAUCCUGCUGAGCCUCUGUGGACUCCGGCUGGACGUGGGACUGGAGCCCUACCUGCCUCACUCCUGGCACAAUAUGAUCUUGGGUUCGACCUCAGCACUGACCCAAAAUCAGUUUCGCAACCGCCUGGAAGACGGUCACAGCCUGCACCCCAAGAGUGUGGACCUGGAUCAGUUCUUCACUGUGAGGAGGCUGUUAGGCUGGGGCUGCUCUCAGGACAGACUGCAGGUUCCUCCAGUAGAGCUGGAAACAUGGGUGGUGCAGCAGGAGACAGACCCUCCAGCCGGGGAACUUCCACACUGGCCCUCCUGGCAGGAGAGUGAAAGGACAGAGGAGGACAGAAACCAGGCUGGACUGGGCGAUCCAGAGAGAGCUGAGGAUGAAGAGCUAGGUGAUAUUGAUGGUAGAAUUGAAGCCUUGAUGUGUCAGACUUCAGACACAGAGGCCCUGCAGCCUCCCAUCAUUGCUCCUGAGGAUCCCUGUCCUGGUCUGGAACUCCAGUGGCAAGAUCUGCUGGACAUCCUGCAGCCAGAGAACACCAAUGCAGAAAUGAUGACAUCAUUUAACCCCACCAUGGACUUGAGAACAUCUGGGCCAUUUCAGGAUGUUGAGUCUGAUGCUUUGCCCCAACUCUUAAAGAGCCUGGGCUGUGUUGUACCACAGUCUCAUCAGCUGGACCCUCAACUCCAACAUGGUUUGUUGGAUACUCUAAACCCAUCAGAGCUUCAGCCAGGCCUGCUUCCUCUGGUUCCCAGCACAGAGCUGGAUGACCACAGCCCCACACCAAACUCAAGGGUCAUUUUGGGAAACUCUGGUCCAUAUUCUUUAAACACUCCUUCAAACUACACAGAACUGCUCGCAGACGAUUCAGACUUUGCUUUGGAAGUGAAUAACUUAACCUUUUUCAACAUGAAUCUGUUAACACAAGAAGAUAAACUGGAGUCUACAAACCUUUCUGAUUUUGGAGUUAACUUUCCAUCAUGUGACCUCCCAGCUCCAUGUAUUCGCCAAAGGAAUGAUUUGACCCAAGACUUAAUGGUUUCUCCUUCCAAUGCUUUUCUGCUGCCUGAGGAUGAAGACGAUCUUCCUAGCCCACUUACCGACCUUUUCGAGGAUCCCAACAUCUUAGAAGGCAUACGACUGUUAGACAUAGAGGGAGGACUCAGUCCUGAGGUGGAAGAGGAAUACUCUGAUGGUGAAACUUUCCGACAGGAAGCUGGUGGAGAUCAGAGGCCACCGAGUCAAAAAGAAGAUGCUGGAGAUGAGAUGGACUCAGACUCUGGUCUCUCUGUGAACUUCAGCCACAGCCCUGCUUCUUCAUAUGUUUCUGAUGGCCCGACCCAUUAUUCUUCUACCUCCACACCAUCAACCCCCUCUCCAUCCUGGUUGUCAACUGAGGCUGAGGCCAUCGGUUCAGAUAUAGAGUUUGAGGUGACUGUAAAGCAGGAGAAGCUGGAGGAGGAGGAGAUGGGAGCAGUUGGAGGAGACGUGAAGCAACUCUUUCCUGCCAGUUAUGUGGAUCACAAACUUCAUCAUAGCUUUAAAUGGAGGGAACACAUUGGUCAUGAUCACACAUACAACCAGCCAUCGUCGUCCACGCCUCGGUGCAAGAUGGCCCCCAAAUCAGGUAAAUCUGCUUUCAGACAUGACAAGGCAAAGCCAUACCAUGACAUAUCUGAAACCAGAAACUGGAACCGGGAUGAGCGACGAGCCCGGACCCUCAGGAUUCCUUUUUCCAAUGAGCUCAUCAUUCACCUGCCCGUAGAGGACUUCAAUGACCUGCUGARCAGUUACCAGCUGACCGACGAGCAGCUCGCCCUCGUCAGGGACAUCCGGCGGCGCGGCAAAAACAAAGUAGCUGCCCAGAACUGCAGGAAAAGGAAACUAGACACGCUGCUGGGUUUGGAAAGGGAGGUGUCUGAUUUGAGGCACCACUUCUCACAGCUGCUCAGAGRGAAACGGGAAGCCCUGAGGCACAUGCAGGACAUGAAGCACAGACUGAGAGCGCUGCACGAGGAAGUCUUUUCCCAGCUGAGGGAUGAAGAAGGAAGGCCGCUGGAUGCUACAGAACAUGUGCUUCAUUUUGGACCCAAUGGCAGUGUCACAGUGGCUUCAGAUAAAAACAGAAGGAAACAGAGGAGCAAGGAGAAAUGAGGUGAAAACAGACAAUUAUCUCAGAGGGUCAAAGGUUAUAAUAUGCUGAAGUGACUGCAAGAAUCAGCAAUAACAAAAGGCCCUCUGUGACUCAGGUUUUCUCAYGUUGGCUAAAAUAAAAACACUUGAACUCACCACAAACAUCAGAUCUAAUGUCCACCAGGGACAUCAGAUUUAUAUCUGCAGAUUUCACUUUGCUGUUCUGAACAGAUGAAGAAUCUUGAUAAACAAAUUAAAGUUUCAUCAUUUUUAGUGCAGCUUUGAAAAUGUAUUUAGAACUUUGACACAUUUUGUCACUUCAAAGUGUUUUACUGGGAUUUUAUGACAGAUAAAAUCAAAUUUGUGCAUAAAUGAAGUGAAACAAUGACACRUUUUAAAAAAUAACUUUUACAAAUAAAAAUGUGAAAAGUGUGGUGUGCAUCUGUACUCAACCCUUUACUCUGAUAUCCUGAACUAAAGUUCAGUCUUCAGAUGUCACCUAACCAGUAGAGUGUAAAUUAUUCUCAGUAUAAAUCCAGCUGACCUGUGACUUUCAGAGGUUUGCUACAGAACAUUAGUUCUGUUUCCUUCCACUUCAGAAUGACGGUCUAUGUUGUGUUGGUCUCAUAAAAUCCCAGUAAAAUACUUUGAAGUUUGGGGUUGUAACUUGACAAAAUGCAAAAAAAUAAAAAAAUAGAAAUUUUCAAGGUGUAUAAAUACUUUUAAAAAACAUGGUAGUUCUAACUCUGUCCUGUUUAGGCUGCUGAAAUGAUCUGGAUUAUUUUGUUGUACAUUUAUUUAUGUGUAUAUUUGUUGUUUUAUGUUUCAUGCUUCUGAAAAUACUACAGUUUAUAUGAAUUUAACAUAUAGAGUCUAUUUACUGCACAAACUUAAUGGUUAAGCUUUAAUGACAACUCAAAAUACUGACUAGCAUUAUAAAACCUGUCCUGACAACGCUGUGCGGGACUUCCCUAGAUAAGGAUGACUUUGUGAUGAAAAGCUGCAGGGCUUCUUUUCCUUCUGAGUUAUGAAAACACUGAGUCUCACAGCYUUCCAGAUAUCGCUUUGACAGAAAGAUGGACUGAGGAGAUGUGAUGACCAUAAUGUGCUUUUACAUGCAGGAAAAACAUGUAAGGUACUCUAGUAAAUCUGUGUUUGGGACCAACAGUAAAAAUACUGACAGUCAGCAGGCAGGAUUCUUGCUGUCAGCCAACUGAACAAAAAACAAGAUGAGUUUGAUUCACAGGAGCUGAAAUUGUGGAGGUGAUGCAGUUUGUUGCAAAAAGCUGUGUGGUGUAUAACUCUCUCCAAGAAGUCAGUAUCACCUGCAAGAGUGUGGGUUGUUCAUGGAUCAGAAAACUGUUCUUGACUUUAAUUUUUUUUUAUCAUUUAUGAAGUACAAACAACCACAAACUUUGCCUUUCAUGCUAGUUUUAGACUAAAAUCMUUUUGUUAAGAAAGGAUGUAGUUGUACCCUUUUUGGUCAAACUUUGUAAAUGUCGUGAAAUUUUCAGCAAACACAUCAAUCUUUAGCUUAACUAUAAAAUUAACUGAGUUGUAACCAGUUAUAUUUGCUCAAAUCAUUUAGCUGCAGCCUUCUUGAAUGACUCCACAAGUUAAUCUGUUGUAGAAGUACAUCCAUUGACGACUGGGUUUGACUAAAAUCCUUUCAGUGGUUCAUUAGGUAUCUUGUAAACAAAUGGUUGAAAAUGAAGUCUUAAGCAGUGAUGUCACAUUGUUUGUUUGAGAUGACUCUCAGCUACUGUCUAAAUCCAGUGGGUGAUAAAAAAAAAACCUUCAUUAAAUGUUCUAUUUGUGUCUAAAUUUAACAGCCCAACUGACUUGUGUAGCAUCUAAAUGUUUCAUAUCAUUUUCAAACACUAACGCACUUUGAUUUUAUAAACAAUAAACAAAGACUCGGACCCAGGGUGRCCUUGUGGAGUUUUAAAUGUUCUCUCURUGCACAUGUWRGUUUUUCCAAGUACUCCGUUUUCCACCACAGACUGUAAACAAGCAUGUCAGUGGUGGUUUUGUCUCCGUGGGUCGCUGUGAAGGACAURMAACCUGUCCAGGGUGUCUCACGCCUCUUGCACCAGCUUCUCUGUGACCCGGAAAGAAAAAAGCAGGGGCAGAACGUAGACAGGUGGACUUUUCCUCAAACCACUGAAAUCAGAUUUAUGAUUUGGGAUACUUUCUUUGCCCCAGAGGAAGAGAACUAUUGGAAAAUACAAAACAUAGGGUUGUAUUUAUUUACUACUUGUUUGAUUAAAAUUCUGAACUUCU